AUGAAUACGACACCGAUGUGGACCGCAAAUGACAUCCACGCCAUUCACUCGCCACUCAGUAACUCAAUACAAUUGCCCACAUUUAAGGUGAAUAUGGACACGGAGUCCGUGAGGUCGGGCUAUAGUGACCGAUCCAAACGUAGCAGAGGUCACGCAUCCCAUAGUGUGUCCCACAGUAACAGUAAUAACGUGUUGGCCGGCAAUCAUAUGAAUGUCAACCAUAUGGGCAAUCAUGUGAACCAUUUAGGGAAUCAUGUCAAUCACGUGAAUACCAAUCAUCACCCGUACGGCAAUCACCGCAACCAUAACCACACUUCUGGUCACAACCACCGGUCGGCCAGUAGGCACUCGCACCGGUCGACUCGCAGCGAACGGGCGUUUGUCAGCAAAUUGGAGUCACCGGACGAGCGCCACGAAGGCGGCGGCGGUCAGGAAGUGAUCGAAGUCCAGAUACUACCUCAGGAUGACAAUUGGGGCGACAACACGACCGCCAUCACCGGCAACACCAGCGACCACUCGGUCUCCAUCGACGACAUCAAUAAGAUCGGCAAAGACUUGUGGAGAGAACAGAGUUUGUCGUUCAGGUGUCAGAUGUGGUCGGGAUCUGUUGUGUCGGCGUUUUUAUCGUUGUGUGCCUUUAUAUCACCGGUGCUGAUGGUGGUGUUGCCUAAGAUCGACGCCCUCGAGUGGAAAACCGCUGAAUGCGGGCCAGAAUGCGAUGGACUGAUCAUCAGCUUUGCAUUUAAACUGUUGAUCCUAUUAGUGGGCAGUUGGGCUAUAUUUGUGCGCCGGCCCCGGGCCACGAUGCCCCGCAUAUUCAUCUACCGGUCUAUAGUACUGGCGCUCAUAUUUGUGUUUAUGGUGUCGUAUUGGCUCUUCUAUUUGGUGAGGAUCGCCGAAAAGCGGUUCAAUGACUACGAUUUGGUCAGUUAUCACAGCAUUGUGUUGUUCGCCGUCUCCCUCGUCGACGCCUUACUAUUCAUCCACUACUUAGCCGUUGUGUUGAUAGAGAUCCGACACAUUCAGCCCCAGUAUUACAUAAAAGUGGUCCGAUCUCCGGACGGCAAGAGUCGCAACUAUAACAUCGGACAACUCAGUAUCCAAAGGGCGGCCGUUUGGGUACUCGAGAAGUACUACCGGGACUUUGAUAUAUACAACCCGUACUUAGAGUCAUUGCCCACCAAAAAGGGCCGGAAGUCUGGUAUCACUGCUAAUCACUUAAACUCGACGUCUGCUGCCAUUAAGUACUACGACAUCGAAGGCAUAACCAGCGCCGCCAAUCAUACCAAUGUCAUCGGCUCCACAUCGAUGGGCAUUAAUAUGGGAAACGGGAACCGAUCCUUCCUUAAUGGCAUGAAUAUGAAUGGCAGCACAAGCGGUGACCUCAGGAAUAGGAGGGAGAGUAGGGAUAGAGGAGACACUUCUAGUCAUCAUCACAGCCAUCAUCACCACAACGAGCGCUUCUAUGAGGAGCACGAGUACGACAGGAGAGUCAGGAAAAGGAGGGCCCGACUCAUCACUGCCACCGAAGAUGCGUUCACUCAUAUCAGGAGAAUGCAAGACGAGAGAGGUCCAGCUAUUCCUAUGGAUCCGAAAGAGGCAGCGCAGGCUAUCUUCCCAUCCCUGGCCCGUUCACUACAGAAGUACCUGAGGAUAACCCGCCAACAGCCGCGACACUCAAUGCAAUCAAUAUUAGAUCACUUGGCACUGUGUCUCAGCUUUGACAUGAGUCCCAAAGCGUUUCUCGAGAAAUAUCUGGUCGCCAGCCCUGUCCUACAAUCCGAUAACGAACGCAAACCAUUGCAGACAUGGAGUCUCGUCUGUGAUAUACUGCUGUCCCGUUCCAUAGAAGAGGGAACUGUAUUCCUGUUGAGACAGUCAGACGUAUCACUACUGGUGUCUGUCCAUCAAUUGCCUCAUUUCAAUGUCGUCGAGGAAGUGAUUGAUCCCAAGUCUAACAAAUUUGUGUUUCGACUCAAUUCGGAGACCUCUGUCUGA